AUGGCGUUCUUUAUCGAUGGAAAGGACUGCAUGAUCUCGGAAUGGAUCUUGCUGGCGGCCUCUUAUGUCUUUGUCGGUCUUCGAAUCUACGCUCGUCUUUUCCGUGCGCGAGAGAAGUUGACUUGGUCCGACUAUCUUCUGCUUUUAUCCGCCGUCGAUGCUCUCGCCCUCAUCAUCUGCGACACUCUGACCUUCCAGAUGGGUGUCAUGGAUGAGUAUGAGACAUCUGUCAAGCUGUCCAAGAUCUCCUUCGCCUCCAACUACUUCUACGAUGUCGGCAUGGGUUUCCCCAAGAUGAGCAUGCUUGCUUUCUACUGGGCCUACUUCCUCCCCUCCACAGGCAUGAGCUCCGGUAUGCGAAAGGCUCUAUACGGCAUCACUGCCUUUGUCUGCGCGUCAUACAUGGCAAUUCUUUGGGACGAUACCUUUUUCUGCGGAAAGGAUGUCUCCGUUCAGUGGUCUCAGGAGGAGGGCGCUUGCAGUGUCUUCUAUGCGCCUGAGCCCUUCAUUCUCAACUUUACUCUCAACUUGGCUUGUUAUCUUGCUGUCUACGCCCUCCCUCUCAUCCUGCUGGUCCAGGGUGUUCUUCAGCCCUCCAAGGGUGUCACUGCUACUUUCGUGCUUGGAGCUCUGACCAUCUGCACUACCAUUGUGCGAUUUGUCACUCUCAAGGUUGGCACUGGCCAAGAGAAUCUUGUUUACCCUAUGAGUAUGCUGGAGAUGGCACUUGCUAUUACAGUUGUCGCGCUGCCGGGCUUGAAGCCACUUGUGGAUCGCUCGCCUAAGCAUGAGACGAGGAGCGAGGUGAUUGAGAUCAAGAACUAA